AUGGUGCCACCAUCCGCAUCGUCACUAGUCAGAUACGACAAUCCUCUCCUCGUGUCCAAAGUAGAUCCAAAUUCCGUCACUUCGCCAAAUAUCAAUAACAGAAAGGGGGGCGCGACAGUUACUGGUUCAACCUCUUCUCCUCAGGGAAAGCCGCAAAUCCCCUCUCCUACACGAAGACUCCCUCCUGUAUCCACUCUAGACUCCUCCUCCCCGUCUUCAAAUGCCGCCAACAGGGCUAAAUCACCUACAUCCCAGACUGAUGAUAUCUUGAAUAGCAUCCUGCCUCCAAGGGAAUGGGAAGAGAGUGGACAACUAUGGGUUCAAAAAGUAUCAUCAACACCUGCAACCCGAUUAGACGUUAUAAAUCUUCAGGAACAACUAGACCAUAUGCUACAAAAGAGACAAGCACGAGAAACUGGUAUCUGUCCAGUUCGACGAGAAUUGUACAGUCAAUGCUUUGAUGAACUUAUUCGUCAAGUAACGAUUUCAUGUCAAGAGCGUGGUCUGCUCUUACUUCGUGUCCGUGAUGAAAUCAGAAUGUCGAUUGCUGCAUACCAAACACUAUAUGAAUCGUCUGUGGCUUUUGGAAUGCGUAAAGCUCUGUAUGCCGAACAAGGCAAAGUGGACAAUGAAGUCAGGAUAAAAGAUUUAGAAGAUGAGAAGAAGGCCCUGGAAACACAAGUAUCUGAACUCAAAUCGAAAUGUGAGGCCAUUGAGAAACGAGAGGCAGAACGUAGGCAGGCUGAAGAGAGGAAGCAUAAUGAGGAAAUAUCCUUCCUCAAGAAGACGAAUGUACAAUUGAAGACACAACUGGAAGGAAUCUUGAGCCCGCAAAAGAAAUAG